AUGUUGGCAACGUCAAUUAAGUUCAAAAAGGUUUUUCCAAGAGUGAAAGAAAGGGAUAUCAAUUAUCAUAAUAAUCCGAGUGACGAGGAUUGGGAGAAAGUGGAGAAAGUUUGUGAAGUUUUGAAAGUAUUCAGUGGUUCAACCAAACUCAUUUCAGGAAGUGAUUAUCCGACAUCUAAUUUAUUCUUGAAGAAGAUGUGUGCAAUGAAAUGUAUGUUGGAUAGUAAAAGUGAAUCUAAAGAUGAUUUUAUUAGAGUAAUGGUUAGGAAAAUGAAGCAUAAGUUUGAUAAAUAUUGGGGGGAAUGUAAUGUGUUGAUGUCUGUGGCUGCUGUAUUGGAUUCUCGGUUGAAAAUGAGGGUUAUUCAGUGGGCAUUCCCUAAGAUGUAUUCUGAGGCAGAAGGACGGACAAAUAUGGUGACGGUCUGGGAUGUAUUGUAUGAGUUAUAUGGGGAGUAUGUUCAAGCUAACCAAGGUGUGACUAUCGCCCGUGCUUCUACAUCACAAGGGGAUGGACAUGGAGCCAUUGAUGAGGUGGCUAUGGUUGAGGGAGCCAAGGCCUGUGAUGAUUUUAGCACUUUUCUGGACAUGGUUGAAACUGUUAAGCCUAGUCAGUCUGAGUUGGACUGUUAUUUGGGAGAGGGAUGCCAUAAGUGUGUGGGGGAUCAUGACUCAUUCGAUGCCUUACAGUGGUGGAAGGCAAAUUCAACCAAUUUUCCUAUAUUGUCUAGGAUGGCUCGAGAGAUACUAGCCAUCCCGAUUACUACGGUUGCUUCAGAGUCUGCAUUCAGUGCUGGGAGCAGGGUUAUUGAUAGUUACCGAGCUUCUUUGUCACUAGCUAUGGUGGAGAUGUUGUUAUGUGGAUGUGACUGGUGUCGCACUUUGAAUGGAUUGAAGAAAGGGUGCAAAAAAGAGGAGGAUGAAAAUCACUUGGAGAUUCAGCUUCCUGUUCUAUCAGGUGAUGGGAGUCAGCAGAUUGCUUGA